GGCUACGAGUAAGCCCCCACAGGGAGCCAGCUAAGACUUGUUUCAAAAUGGCGCGGGAAAUGUUCUUACCCGUUCUGGUGUUGUGAGUUGAAAUCUUUUGGUUUAAUCUGCAUUUCACAAUGACUCCCUAGAAAACUUUGACUCUGUUCUCAAGUUGCUGAAACAAUGUCACAGAAGCAACAAGCUUUAUCCCGGCUCUCCAUGCCUGCUAUCAAACUUUUUGUCAAUCAAGUACAGCACUGCCAACAAGUAUCUGAUCGAGGCUCAUCUCCCCUCUAUGAGUGGGUAUGCUGUGGUAUAUCUGGCCAGGAGGGUCUUGGACUGAGCCAAGUUUGGCUUCAGGGCUACAUUGUCAAAUUGUUUGACGAUAACAAUGACUUCUUACUCGAUGAUGGCACUGGUGUGGCUCAUAUCACAGGCGUGAAUAAGCUAGUAAAGAAUGUCUUGUUUAAAGAAGGAAUGUAUGUGAUGAUCGCAGGGCAAUUAAAGACAUUAUCAUCAUCAGUUGGUCACCCACUUGUCCGAGUAUUGAAGAUAUCUGAUCUGACAAAAAGCUCCCUAGCAGAGCCACACUGGAUUCUAGAAGUCAUUGACAGUCAGAUUUACACAACACAGUAGCAAUGGAAACCUAGUGAAGCUGGCAGGCACUCUGCUACUUUAUGUGGAGUUCUACUAUGACAAUGUGCCUACUAAAUCUGGACUAGAUGCAGACGGUUCAAGUGGAAGAGGUGUGGUUAAAAAUUUAAGCCUUUUCAUUUAAAGGUUCCAAGAUCAGCUGACGGGUUACAGUAUUUUACGGUAUUGGUCAAGUUUUAAUCUAAGCCCCCUCCCUACCCACACUCCUUUUGGCAGUUGUGUGGUAUGGAGGGUUUAAUAAUUUCACAUGCGGCAAUCAAGUACAAUGGAUAAAAAUAUCAUAUUUCUAUUGUAUCUAGACAGCGCGAAUAUUGUACUUAGAGAGGGAUUACUUUGAAAUAAAAGAUAUGAUGAUAUAUUACGUGUAUACACAAAAGGAAACUAAUAGACAAUCGAAAACAUC